AUGCAUGUGACUCGUUUUUUACGUUCUCAACAUCAAUCAUUGGCGCAUAUUGUCGAUCAUUAUGCUCAAUAUCCGCCAACUGGAUUAACAAUGAAAAGAAUAGUAGAAUUUGCACGUGAAGGUGAUGCUCAACAGUCAUUUUUAUUUCUUCGCAAUGAAUUACCAGUACGACUUGCUUCGAUGAUGAAAGAAAUGGGACAUUUACCACCACGUCUUCUUAAAAUGCCAAGUGUUAAAACAGUAAAUGGAUGGUAUGGUACAAGUUUAUUUGAAUUACAUUCUUUUAAGAAUUUGAAACCAACCGGUGAAAUUAUUAAAAAAUUUACUGAAACGUUACAAAAUAUACGAAGACGGCACAAAUCGGUUGUUGAAACCUUAGCACAAGGUUAUAUGGAAUUUUCCGAUUCUGGAAAAGUGAAAGAAUAUGAAGAAUCACAGAUACAAUAUUUCCUUAAUCGAUUUUAUUUAUCACGAAUAUCAAUACGAUUACUCAUGUAUCAACAUACUAUGUGUUUUGGCGAAGAAGUACCUGAACAUCCUUCGCAUCUUGGUUUUGUUGAUCCUAACUGUUUUCUAGAAGAUACAGUUAAAGACGCAUUUGAAAAUGCUCAAUUUUUAUGUGAAGGUUAUUAUUUGGUAGCUCCUUCAUUGAGACUUCGUACUAUUAACGCGACGAAUCCCGAUGAACUAAUUUCCAUAGCUUAUGUUCCAUCACAUCUCUAUCAUAUUAUGUUUGAAUUAUUCAAAAAUGCUAUGCGUGCAACUGUUGAAUAUGCAGAAAGUCAAAAAUCAAGCAAUAAACUACCUCCAAUCACAGUUAAUAUUGUCAAAGCAAAAGAAGAUCUAACUAUUCAUAUUAGUGAUCGUGGAGGUGGAAUUCCACGUUCAAAAGCUGAUAAAAUCUUCAGAUAUAUGUAUUCGACUGCGCCAAGGCCUGUAUCAUUAACUGAUUCUCAACAUUCGGGUCCUAUUCCGCUAGCUGGCUUUGGUUAUGGCCUUCCAAUAAGUCGACUCUACGCUCGCUAUUUUAAUGGCGAUAUGCAAAUUCAUUCCAUCGAUGGAUAUGGUACUGAUGCAUAUGUUUAUCUUCAAGCUGUUGAAGAUCAAGCCAGUGAAUGGUUACCAAUAUGUAAUCGAGCUGCUUAUGAAUAUUAUUCAUCACGAAAGUAUAAAUCAGAUUGGACAAAAAAGAAAUAA